GGACGCGGAGGGGCGCAGCUACUGGUUCUAAACUUAUUUGGAGUCCUAGGAGAACCAGAAAUUCAGAGUGUGGGCGAGGAUACCCUUCCCCUUCUGCCUUCCGCAACAGCGGAGACCGAACUUGGCGACCCUGACUCCAGGGCGGUGCGGGGUCGGUGAGGUCACACCCGGAGAUUUCCGGGGGAGUCGGCUCCUAGUGAGACUUUUAAUGAGUCGUCUUAAGGAAGAGCAGAAACCUCGAGGGCCACCAACUGCCUAGGGGCAGCAGGACCCGGCAAGGUUCGCGGUCCCAGCUCCAAGCCGGCGGCCCCGCCCCUCGCAGAGCCGCCUCCCUGCGCGUGCGCACUGAGGGCGGCCCGGAAGAAAAAAAGGCGGGAGCCACCAAUCCGCGGAGGCGCAAAAUGGCGCCGGGAGGUGAGGUUCCUGCGCUCACGCGCGGCUUCUUCCGAGCUUGCCCUGGCCUUGGCACGGUCACGCACUCCACGGUGCCACUUAGACGUUUGAACCGCGUGGGCCGGGAUCACCUUGAACCCGAGGAGAAGCAGGCGUGGAAGUGGCUGGCAGAGGAAGAGCUGCUGCGGAUGCAGGCGGAUGCUGGCACCGGGGAAGGGAAGCUAGACUUUAUCAGAGGGAAGAGGUCUCCGUCUCCCCGCGGUGACCCCGAGAGAAAAAGGUUCCGCUUCAGUUCAGAGUCAGACUCCAGCUCUACACCACCCAGCCCAGACUGCUCAGGACCCCCAACCAAGAACAGCACCACCAAGAAGUCAUGUUCCAGGAGAGCCUUAAAGGAAGAAGCAGUUGAGAGCACAGAUGAAGAGCAGCCAACAGCCCGGGCUGCCAAGAUGGGACUAGAGGAGAGCAGUGAGGAGGAAGGGGAGGGUCCCGUCAGGGCAAGGAAGGUCUGGAAGGGAGGGAACACCGAGGAAGAGGAUGCUGUCAAAAAGGCACGGAAGGGGAGGGCUAAGAAGCAAGCUGGGGCCAAGAACAAGCGAGCACCGGGCCGAGCGGCAGCCAGGAAGCAGCAGGGCAGGGGAGAAAGUGAGAGCGGUGAGGAAGAGGCUGUGCAGGGGGGAGGCACGGCUGCUGACCGCCACAGGGAAAGCGAAGACAGCGACGAGGAGACCCUAGCCAAGAAGAGGGGGCACCGGGGACCCAGACCGAGGGGCAGCAACGGGCAGAGGGUGAGCUACAAGCAGAAAGCGGCAGGCUCGGGAGACAGUGAGGACGAGAAGGGACUGGGGGCGGGAAGUAGUGGGGACAGCAGUGGGGAGGAAGGAGGGCGCUCCCCGAGGAAAAGGAGCAAGGACAGGGCCCAGACUGCGAGUGGGAGAAGGCAGAGUGCGAGCAGUGAGGACGGGGAAGGCAGCACACAGGAGCUGGCCACUGCGGGAGGAACUGCAGAGACGCGCACACCAGACGGCACUGAUGGUGAGAGCACCGGCCAGGCAGGAGAGAGCGCCGGAGAGGAGAGGAAGAACCGCUCCUCCAAGAAGACCUCCAAGAAAGGCAAGGCACGAAGUUCCUCUUCCUCAUCAGAUUCCAGCCCAGAGCCCACCAGCCAGAAGGCUGGGUCUCGUCGUGCAGAGGACCAUCCAGCUGUGGUGAGACUAAAGCGUUAUAUUCGGGCUUGUGGUGCCCAUCGAAACUACAAGAAGCUGCUGGGCUCCUGUCGCUCCCACAAGGAGCGCCUGAGUGUCCUCAGGGCUGAGCUGGAAGCGCUGGGCAUGAAGGGCAGUCCUUCCUUGGAGAAGUGUCGGGCCCUGAAGGAGCAGCGAGAAGAGGCAGCUGAGGUGGCUUCCUUGGAUGUUGCCAAUAUCAUCAGCAGUUCAGGCCGAUCACGAAGAAGUAAUGCCUGGAACCCUUCAGGGGAAGGAAUCCCCCCAGGGGAGCUUUAUCGCCGAACCCUGGACUCAGAAGAGGAGCGACCACGCCAGGCACCCCCAGACUGGUCCCAUAUGCGGGGCAUCAUCAGCAGUGAUGGCGAGAGCAGCUGAACUCCAUGCCCAAGGGGACCUUGCCCUGUUACACAAAGAGCCUGUGGCCCUGAAGCAGCUUCUGAAGAGAGCUAAGUUGCUGGCACAGCACUCAAUUCCUGUUCUCUAAGGUUGUUUUGGGGGUUGGUUUUUUGUUUUGUUUUGUUUUGUUUUGAGAGUCAAUAAAGUAAUGUUUGUAAUUA